AAAUUGUUUAAAUCUGUAGAUUGUGUCCCCUCGACGUUCAAGUUUCUCAGCCGUAUUAUUAAGUUCAACUCAUUUAAGAAAUUGAUGUUCAAGGAUUCAAGCAUGAAGAAGCUCAUUCUGUUGGUGGGAUUUGCACUGUUUUUUCAGGUUGUGAAAGGCGCGAACCACUCUAGUCUUGUGGGACCUAUUGGCAAAGUCACUUGUCACAACAAUCACACGGUCGAUAUAGCCAUCACCAACGUAGAUGAUCUUGCGAGGUGGACUGAAACUGAGUGGCGAUUACAAAACAAUGCCUCGUGCCAGCCAACAUUUCAGAACAAUAGGACGGUAAACUACGAUGGUCUUCCCCUACCGGACUGUGCUUUUUCUUCACAACAGCUUCCUAACAGCGUCAAAUACAUCCUUAAAAUCAGCGCAAAAAAGGGUGACCCUGGUGGUACAGGCCAGCUGUACGAGUAUGAUCACCUGUACUAUGUGUCGUGUGAAUAUGGCAAUCAGAACAAGACAGUGGCAAGCUUUGUGCCGGUCAAGAACCGUCAAGACAACGACUCAAGUAUGUGAUAUAAAACAGUACGUUCCUUGAUAAGUGGGUGUGUUUGGGGAUGGAGGUCAGGGAGUAAGGAGAGGAAAGGGAAGCUAAGCAUGCACUUAGUAGGCUCUGUUAAAAGUGUUUUAAGGGCAACAACUUCAACUGGUUACACAAUAUACAUAAAUUCCACGUAAAUCCUUACUGUCUUGUGGAUGUACACGGAAUUCUUUCGUCAAGGGCGCAGCUUUAAGAAAAUUCUCUUAUGUUUGAUAAUAAAUGUUGUGUCCAUGUCGCAGUACUCAGGAUUUAAAUUAAAAAAAACAACACUUGAUAUUGAUAGGAUGGGAAAGUAGGAAUCUGCCCGGGGGAUGUGAGGAUUUCUCCACUCCCCCCCCCCCCUCUCCUCCCCGAGCUAGCUUUACACCGGGGGACGUUGCCACGUGACCUUGACAGGUAUAGAAUAAGUCGUCAUGGGAAAUAACUCACAAAAAGAGAUUAGAAAGGUUGCCCAUUUUAUAGAC